CACAUCAGCAUCACCUCACCGUCGACGAGUCAACAAAACACCCAAGUUAAUCACAGAGUACUCCACUGCAUUCUAAUUUCUAAAUAUUGAGGGCGGAGCAAUGACUGUAGAUGCAACAAUAUCAAUGCAUCUGAAAUUAAACCAACACCACCACCACCACCACCACUCACGGCACUCAGCCACCGCUCAACCGGCUUACACCAACUCCACAUUCUCUCAUUUCCGUCGGUAUCACCGCCCCUUCCAAACAACUUCAAUAACUCCGCUUACCCAUUUUCUCUCUCCUCCGAACUCACUACUUAACCGAGGAAAUAUUUCAGCAUCCAUAGUAGCUUUACCCUUGUCGGUUACCCGGUGCGCGUUACUCUCUUCUAACGCCGUCAUUUUCCAAGACGCCAGCGCUACCGCUUUCGUCCUCGGCGGUGGUUAUGCUCUCGUCUCCGCCUUUGAUAAUCUCACCAACCGCAGCCUCAUCUCUCAGAAAUUGAGCAGAAAGCUAGUCCAUAUAAUUUCUGGGUUGCUUUUUGUGGCUUCCUGGCCUCUUUUCAGCAUCUCAACAGAAGCUCGAUAUUUUGCUUCUGUUGCACCACUUAUAAAUGGGUUGAGACUGGUGGUCCAUGGACUCUCUCUCACAACAGAUGAAGGUCUUAUAAAAUCUGUUACUCGAGAAGGGAAACCAGAGGAAUUGCUACGAGGUCCAUUAUACUAUGUUCUGACUUUAGCAAUCUGUGCCAUUGUCUUCUGGCGUGACUCUCCGGUUGGUCUGCUGUCAUUGGCAAUGAUGUCGGGUGGUGAUGGUGCAGGAAUUGCUGAUAUCAUGGGAAGAAAAUUUGGAAAUGUGAAGUUACCUUAUAACCAGAAAAAGAGUUGGGCUGGUAGCAUUUCAAUGUUCAUAUUUGGUUUCUUGAUAUCCGUCGGCAUGCUUUACUACUUUUCAGCUCUGGGGUAUUUCCAGUUGGAUUGGAAUCUCACCAUGCAAAGGGUUGCAGUAGUUUCUUUCAUAGCAACAGUUGUUGAAUCACUUCCAACAGAAGAGCGAAUUGAUGAUAACAUAUCAGUCCCUCUCGCGACCCUGGUUACAGCGUACAUCUGUUUUUGUUUGUAGCUUUUGGUCUGAAAGUCUUUUCUUCCCUGAUUUCGUAAGAACGUUCUCUACUUGGCUUGUCCACUCGACCUUCAAUGUCAAUAACUCUCAAGUCCUUUGCUAUGCUUGAAAUUACCGGUUCCUAAAACAAAGGGUGCAUGGUUUAUUAUGGUCUUUUGUUUAGUGUUGUAAGCAGCUACAUAUUUUUUUUUAUUCAAUGUGAUCAGCUACAUUGUGCCUU